AUGCUGGUUAAGGCCACCGUCAGUGAGCUGUGCGAGGUGCCGGACUUGUCGCCAGGCCAGAAGGUGGCUCUUAAACUCGUCAGGCUGGAGGAAGGUUGGACCACUUUGGACAAAUUUGAGCGCGAAUCGUCGGUCUUGCAGAGGCUGCGGCAUCCAGCAGUUCCGUCAUACUAUGGCAGCGUGGUUAGAGACCGUCCAAAUGGUCAAGACUUCGGCCUGGUGUGCAAUAUUGUCAACGGCAACACGCUUGAAGAAGAGCUUCGCAGUGGUCGUUGGGUCGCAACAGUGGACAACAUAAAGUUGCUGGCAGAGACCCUUCUGGAGGUGUGUGUCCACCUGGCCAGCUUCGCCCCGCCGAUUGUGCACAGAGACAUCAAGCCCCAGAACAUCUUGCUGGAGGAGCGUUUCAGUCGUCGCAAGCAUGACGGAUGUUUCCCGAGGCGGUCGAUCGAAUACUGCUUGCAGUCGCAAAACAUUGCCCCAAAUGAUAUCAGCAUCGUCGCGCAUGGCUGGCUGUUCGGUGGAGAAGACCUGACAAAGCGGCUUGCAGCGGAGCCGGUGGAGGUUCAAAAGCACAUGCGUUGGAUGGCUACGAAAUUUCGGGACGUAGAUUUGAACGUGGAAGCGCGGCUCCGAUCAGGCUUGCAAGCCCUUGGAAUCCCUGAAGCACGCUUGCAGAUGUAUGAUCACCACAGCUGUCAUGCCGCCGCCGCUUUCUUUGCCUGGCCGGCACGCCUGACAGCCGAUUGUUGUGAUUGCUGUUGUGUUACUUUGGAUGGGCGUGGAGACUAUGCAUCUGGCAAGAUUGUGAAGUUUUUGGAGAAACCAGCGGUCCUUGACGAGACUUCCAUGUUUGACAGCCUUGGUAUGCUCUGGGCCUUCGUAACUGCCUCCUUGGGUUUCAAAGCUUUCCGUCACGAGGGCAAGCUGACAGGCUUAGCUGCUCAUGGGGACGGCAGUCGUACAGCGCGUAUCUUCGAAAAGGUCAUGGGGCUGGUAGAAGAUGGAGGCCUCUGGAGGAUCAGAGCCUUCUGGCAAAAAGAGGAGACGAAGAAUUUCAUGCUGUUUCUGGCCAGCUUGGAGGGCUCAGCCCAUGAAAGACGAGACCUUCGGACUUUCGCUCUCUACCAGGAGCUGCAGCAGCACCACCCGAAGGAUGUCGCCGCGGGAUUGCAAAUGUUCACAGAGGAUCUUCUGCUGGGUUACUUGCGCUUGAACAACUUCGUCAAGCCGUACAUCUGCGUUGCUGGUGGUGUCUUCGCCAACGUACGGCUGAACCUGCGGCUACGGCAGCAUUUCCAGGAUGCGACUCAGGUCUUCGUGUAUCCCAACAUGGGCGAUGCAGGGCUUUGUUUUGGAGCUGCGGCUUUGGCAGCUUCCGAUGCAGGCCGGCAGGUUUCCUGCCCGAAAGGCAGUGUUUUCCUGGGACCCGACUUCUCUACCGAGCUGGGCGGCGUUCUGCGGCCUGUGUCCGACUUCGGCGGGUCGGAGAUAAGUGAUUUGGAAGGCUUUGCAGCGGAGGUGGCGGCCUAUCUGGCAAGGGGCAAAGUCGUGGGUCUGUACGUGGGUGCUAUGGAGUUUGGCCCGAGAGCCCUUGGGCAUCGCUCUUUGCUGGCUUCUGCAACAGAUCCCGCCAUCAACUCAGACUUGAAUGCACGCUUGGGGCGGACGGACUACAUGCCAUUUGCCCCAAUGACGUUGAGAAGUUUUGCUGGGCAGGCGUAUUCGGACUUUCCUGUCGAGGACUUGGAAGCCGGGCGUCACAUGACGAUGUGUUAUGAAGCCACACCGGAGUUGAAGAACAUGUGCCCUGCCGUCGUGCAUGUGGAUAACACAGUGAGGCCACAAGUGGUGGACGAACGUGACGGACUAGCGUAUCACGUGUUGGUGCACUACGAGGCAAAGACCGGCGUGCAUAGCCUCAUCAAUACUAGCUUCAACAUGCACGAGGAUCCGAUUGUCUGUACUCCGAAGGAUGCCAUGCACGCCUUCGAGAAGGGUGCAUGCGAUGCAUCUCAGCUCUGUGCUGGCAGCUUUCCCUUUCUUGAUCUGGAUGACAAUGCAGUAUCUACGGAUGAUACGCGCACCAGCUGGCGCACGUACCUGGUCGACUUCGGCUCUGCUGUUCUCGGGUCAGGAACCAGAACUGCGGAAGGGACCUUCGGAUACAUGGCACCAGAGUCUUUUGGUCGGGUCUUCACCCCGAAGUCCGACCUCUACAGUGUUGGUGCGACUCUGCUGUACGCAGCGACGGGUUUGGAGCCUGGGACACUGCCGCAAGAACGCCUCAAGGUCAAAUUUCGCCCAGCCUUCGUUGGCACAGUGUGGGAGAGACAGGAGCGCUGGUUUUUGAAGUUACUGGAAGGACUGCUCGAACCCGCGCCCGAAGACAGGUUCAGCUCCGCUGCGGAGGCAUUGAGUUUCUUGCGACAGCCUGUGACAGAG